AUGAAGGUAUCCGUGGCUCCGGCUCAGGUUGACCUCUAUGAGGUCUUAGAAAUUCACGCAACCGCAUCUAAGGAUGACAUCCGGAAGGCAUACCGCAAGGCGGCGCUGGCCCACCACCCCGACAAAGUCCCUGAGUCUGAGCGCGAAGAAGCUUCAGCUCGGUUCAAGUCUGUCCAGGAAGCCUACGAUAUCCUCUACGAUGACCAGAAGCGACACCUUUACGAUACACACGGUAUGGCGGCUUUCAACGGCUCUGGUGAACCUGGAAUGGCAGGCGCCCCGGACCUCGAUGAUAUCCUAGCACAAAUGUUUGGCGCCAGCAUGGGCGGCGGCAUGGGCGGUAUGCCUGGUAUGGGAGGCAUGGGAGGUAUGCCCGGUGGCCACCCUAACCGACCCCGCAAGAGCCGCAACGAGGAGCAGGACUACGAAGUCAGCCUGGAGGAUCUAUACAAGGGCAAGACCGUUCGAUUCACCAGCACCAAGAAUGUCAUUUGUGGACACUGCAAGGGCAAGGGUGGAAAGGAGAAGGCUACUGCGAAGAAGUGCUCGACUUGUGAUGGCCAUGGAGCCAAGGAGGUCCUGCAGCAGAUGGGUGGUUUCUUGACCCAGCAGACUGUGACCUGUACCACUUGCAAGGGUCAGGGUUCAUACUUCAGUCCGAAGGACAAGUGCAAGAAGUGCAAAGGCGAACGGGUCACCGAGGAGAAGAAGAUGCUGGAGCUUUACAUUCCCCGUGGCACGAAACAAGGAGACAAGAUUAUCCUGGAAGGUGAGACUGACCAGGUGCCCGGACAGGAACCCGGCGACAUUAUUUUCAAGAUUGUCGAGGAAGAGCACCCCGUGUUUGCUCGCGCCGGCUCCGAUCUCCAGGCGACGAUUGAGGUCACAUUGGCUGAAGCCCUGGGCGGCCUUUCGCGCGUCGUGGUCAAGCACCUUGAUGGCCGCGGCAUUGAAAUCCACCACCCCCAGGUCCCCGGCGAGGUCCUGUCUCCCGGACAGGUUCUCAAGGUUCCCGGAGAGGGUAUGCCCCUGAACCGUACCGAUGCCCGUGGUGAUCUUUACUUGGUCGUCGAUGUCAAGUUCCCCGGCUCUGACUGGAAGCCUACUCCGGCGAUGCUGGAAAAGCUAAAGGAAAUCCUGCCCAAACCCGGAAAGCCUAUACCCGCCGAACAUGUGGAUGAGGUCGAAUACGACCCCAAGGCCAACAUUGAAGAGUUCGGUGCUAAGGAUGGACACGCAUGGGAGGACGAGGACGAAGACGAUGAACCGGCGCAGUGCGCUACUCAGUAG